AGCCUGAGAAAUCAUGGCAACUGGCUCGGGCUGGGAGCGCGUGGCAGCUGCGGCAGCGGCGGCAGUUUGGUCGGGGGCCGGGGCGGCGGAGCGGCGGCGGCGGCGGCAGCACUGGCGCUGGCACCGGCCCUGAGCACCAUGCUGCGGGGCAGACCCGAGAGAGAGCUGGCGGCCUGGUGGGAGGCGGAGGCCGUGGCCGCGGCCAAAGCGCAUGCGGCGAAGGAACAGGUCCGCGUGGACCCGGGCUCAGCCGGGGAGCCGGAGCGCAAGGCGGGGGAGGAGCAGCCCAAGGAGCCGGCCCCGGCGCAGCCCCGCGCGGCCGAGGAGGGCGACGCCCGCGUCCCACCGCGGCCGCCGCCCACGCUGCCCAUGUACCAGGCGAAGCCGGUGUCGGCGCAGGGCUUCUACCCGCACGGGAAGUCCAGGAGCAAGGGCCGUAGCUGCAAGCGGAGCUCGGACCGGUCCGAGGAGUACUGCUCUCCGCGGCCUGUCACCGUGGACAGCUCCAAGGCCAGGACCUCCCUGGACGCCCUGAAGAUCAGCAUUCGCCAGCUCAAGUGGAAGGAGUUCCCAUUUGGCCGACGCUUGCCUUGUGACAUCUACUGGCAUGGAGUUUCAUUUCACGACAGUGACAUAUUCUCCGGUCUAGUGAACAAGUUUCCAGGCAUGACGGAGAUGGUGCGUAAAAUUACUCUGAGCCGAGCAGUAAGAAUCAUGCAGAAUCUCUUUCCUGAGGAGUACAACUUCUACCCUCGCUCAUGGAUUCUGCCUGACGAGUUCCAGCUCUUUGUGGCUCAGGUUCAAAUGGUGAAAGAUGGGGACCCCUCCUGGAAGCCCACUUUUAUUGUGAAACCUGAUAGUGGUUGUCAGGGUGACGGAAUCUACCUCAUUAAAGACCCCAGUGACAUCCGCCUGGCAGGGACCCUCCAGAGCAGGCCUGCGGUGGUCCAGGAGUACGUCUGCAAACCUCUCCUUAUCGACAAGCUCAAGUUUGAUAUCCGUCUGUAUGUCCUACUAAAGUCCUUAGAGCCCUUAGAGAUUUACAUAGCCAAAGACGGACUCUCGCGGUUUUGUACAGAGCCCUAUCAGGAGCCUCACCCCAGAAACCUGCACCACAUCUUUAUGCAUUUGACCAACUAUUCACUGAACAUCCAUAGCGGUAACUUUGUCCAUUCGGACAGUACCAGCACAGGCAGCAAAAGGACUUUCUCUAGCAUUCUUUGUAGGUUGUCUUCCAAGGGUGUUGACAUCAAGAAGGUCUGGUCUGAUAUCAUCUCCUUGGUGAUUAAGACUGUCAUUGCCCUGACUCCAGAACUCAGAGUGUUCUACCAGUCGGAUAUCCCCGCAGGGAGGCCGGGGCCCACGUGCUUCCAGAUUUUAGGCUUUGACAUUCUUCUCAUGAAAAAUCUGAAGCCUAUACUACUUGAAGUAAAUGCAAACCCCAGCAUGAGAAUCGAACACGAGCAAGAACUCUCUCCAGGGGUGUUUGAGAAUGUCCCCAGCCUUGUCGAUGAAGAAGUGAAAGUGGCCGUCAUCAGAGACACACUGCGUCUCAUGGACCCAUUUAAGAAGAAAAGAGAGAGCCAGUCUCAGCAGCUUGGGAAGCCGUUAGCCUCAAAGGAAGAGCCUCCUGAGAGCGAUCUGGCCAGUGCCUCGGCAGGCAGCGCCCAUCCCGAAGCCCACCUGCCCUCCAUCUGCCUCAAGCAGGUGUUCCCCAAGUAUGCAAAGCAGUUCAACUACCUGCGCCUGGUGGACAGGAUGGCAAACCUGUUUAUCCGGUUCCUGGGUAUCAAGGGGACAAUGAAGUUGGGACCAACAGGCUUUCGUACCUUCAUAAGGAACUGCAAGCUCAGUAGCGGCAGCUUGUCCAUGGCCGCCGUGGACAUCCUCUACAUUGACAUCACGAGGAGAUGGAACUCCAUGACCGUGGACCAGCGGGAUUCAGGCUCUUUCUUCGGUCUCAUGGCUGGACAACUACAAGACUUGCAGGCCUGCGGGGUGCAGCCCAACUGCUGUCGGCCAGGAAGCCGAGGAAGCCGAGGAAACUCCUGUGAACGCCGAGAUGUUGGAAGCAGCACACUCCCAUUUGUUGAAGAAGCAUCAUUUGAGUUACUUCAGCGUCAUUCAGGACCUACGGAGAGACUUCUGCAGACUGGUACACUAAGGCUUGGUGGACCGUGGAGAGCAAAGCAAGACUCACUGCCAGUGGAGACGACAGUCCAGGAAGGAAUCUCCCUGGGAAUUUGCCCUCCAGGUUGGCAUGCUUGUCCGUUCCUCCAUACAGGCUGUGCCCGCACCCCCUCCCACUGGGGGCAGGGGUCCGGGAGCAGCUCCCCCUCCCCCUCCUCUGAUCGUAGGCGUCACUCAGAACACUUGUUAAACUUCAGAUUCCAUGGAUUUGGAGAUACAGAUGCAAACUCAUGAUUUCUAAAAUGUGUAUAUAUACAUGCACAUGUAUAUGUGUUUGAAUGUAUAUUUGUAUACACACACACACACUCUACAUUUAUUUCCUAGCUCUGUCUGCUGAAAAGGUCAAGAAGGAAGGAUAUUCUAGCAGCUCUCAGCUCUUGGUCUGUAAUUCCAUUCCCCAGAGUUCCUCAGAGAAAUGACUAAUCCCAGAGCUGGGGCAGGGUAGGUACAUGAUGAGCCUGGGACAUCUUGUGAGGCUAGAAAGUAAGGGAAUGUUCAAAAACCACAUCGAGGGUGUGUCACGUGACACGGGCACUGGCUUGGAGGGGCUCCCAGUGGCCAAAUCUGGGAGUGUUUGAGCACCAAAACAAUCAAGUAGAGUAAUGAAUUAUAAGCCCAUGAAAACAGACAUUUACGAGCCCAUACUGAUAACAGAUAAGCAAAUACAUAGGAAGAAUGGAGGACCUUUGCUACAGUAAAAUUCUGAGUCAACCAGUGAAGUGGAAGAAAUGCUAGAACUGGAAAGCCAUCCUUUGCAACCAUCCUAGUAAAAACUGGAUCACUCAAGAAUCAUUAAGGGUUGCUAAAUCUAGGGGGAUGUUUUGGCAAUGAGCAGGAUAUUUGUAUGAUGUCAGACUGUCUCCCCACAGACUGCAUAUUAGUUGCAAGCAAGACCAAAAAACAAAGAAAACCCAGUAAUUAUACGGUGGAGAAAUUGGACCACACCCUGAUCGGGUGAUCAAAAUUAACAUCACCAGGGAGGGAUAGACAGGUGUCAUGUGCCUCCAGAUGUAUUACUCUAAGAAGGACUCAAUAUAUGCUCUCUGCAGUAUUUUGGCCAAGAACGAAUAACUAGAAAACUAGUCACAAGGAAACAUCAGACAAA